GGAGCCAAGGGCGGAAGUGGGUGUGACAGGAACGGAAGCUGAGCAGGUCUCUGAGGAAAGAUAUUGGGGAGUGGGAGACACAGGGUUUGGGGCGAUGAUCCCCCCGCAGGAGGCCUCCGCCCGGCGGCGAGAGAUCGAGGACAAACUGAAACAGGAGGAGGAGACGCUGUCCUUCAUCCGAGACAGCCUGGAGAAGAGCGACCAGCUAACCAAGAACAUGGUGUCUAUCUUGUCAUCCUUCGAGAGCCGCCUUAUGAAGCUGGAGAAUUCCAUCAUCCCUGUGCACAAGCAGACGGAGAAUCUGCAGCGGCUGCAAGAGAAUGUUGAGAAAACCUUAUCCUGCCUGGACCAUGUCAUCAGCUACUACCACGUGGCCACUGACACUGAGAAGAUCAUCAGGGAGGGCCCCACAGGUAGGCUAGAGGAGUACCUGGGAAGCAUGGCCAAGAUUCAGAAGGCUGUGGAGUAUUUCCAGGACAACAGCCCAGACAGCCCAGAGCUCAAUAAAGUGAAGCUGCUGUUUGAGCGGGGGAAGGAGUCGCUAGAGUCUGAGUUCCGCAGCCUGAUGACCCGGCACAGUAAGAUCGUCUCCCCUGUGCUCAUCCUGGAUCUGAUCAGUGGCGAUGACGAGCUGGAGGUCCAGGAGGAUGUAGCCCUGGAGCACUUGCCUGAAAGUGUGCUCCAGGAUGUGAUCCGAAUCUCCCGCUGGCUGGUAGAGUAUGGCCGCAACCAAGAUUUCAUGAAUGUCUACUACCAGAUUCGCUCCAGCCAGCUGGACCGCUCCAUCAAGGGCCUAAAGGAACAUUUCCGCAAGAGCAGUUCUUCCUCUGGGGUUCCCUACUCCCCUGCCAUCCCCAACAAGAGGAAGGACACACCCACUAAGAAGCCGGUCAAGCGGCCAGGGACGAUCCGUAAGGCUCAGAACCUUCUGAAACAGUAUUCCCAGCAUGGUCUAGAUGGGAAAAAGGGGGGCUCUAACCUCAUUCCUCUGGAAGGUCACGAGCAUGAUUUCCGAGUUAAGCACCUGUCCGAGGCCCUGAACGACAAGCACGGGCCACUGGCCGGGAGAGAUGACAUGCUAGAUGUGGAGACCGAUGCUUACAUUCACUGCGUCAGCGCCUUUGUCAAGCUGGCCCAGAGCGAGUACCAACUGCUGACAGACAUCAUCCCCGAGCACCAUCAAAAGAAGACCUUUGACUCCUUGAUACAGGACGCGCUGGAUGGGCUGAUGAUUGAGGGGGAGAACAUUGUGUCUGCUGCCCGGAAGGCCAUCAUUCGCCAUGACUUCUCCACGGUGCUCACAGUCUUCCCUAUCCUGAGGCACCUCAAGCAGACCAAGCCUGAGUUUGACCAGGUGCUCCAGGGCACGGCCGCCAGCACCAAAAAUAAGCUGCCGAGCCUCAUCACCUCCAUGGAGACCAUUGGAGCCAAAGCACUGGAGGAUUUUGCGGACAACAUCAAGAAUGAUCCGGACAAGGAAUACAACAUGCCCAAGGAUGGCACCGUGCAUGAGCUCACAAGCAAUGCCAUCCUCUUUCUGCAGCAGCUUCUGGACUUCCAGGAGACAGCAGGUGCCAUGCUGGCCUCCCAAGUUCUUGGGGACACAUACAAUAUUCCUUUAGACCCCCGAGAGACCAGUUCUUCAGCCACCAGCUACAGCUCUGAGUUCAGCAAGCGUCUACUGAGUACCUAUAUCUGUAAAGUCCUGGGCAACCUGCAGCUGAACUUGCUAAGCAAGUCCAAGGUGUAUGAGGACCCAGCACUUAGCGCCAUCUUCCUGCACAACAACUACAACUAUAUCCUCAAGUCCUUGGAGAAAUCUGAGCUGAUCCAGCUGGUAGCCGUGACACAGAAGACAGCUGAGUGCUCUUACCGGGAGCACAUCCAACAGCAGAUCCAGACCUACCAGCGCAGUUGGUUAAAGGUGACUGAUUACAUCGCAGAGAAGAAUCUACCUGUGUUCCAGCCUGGAGUCAAGCUCCGGGACAAGGAGAGACAGAUGAUUAAGGAGCGUUUUAAGGGCUUCAAUGAUGGCCUUGAAGAACUGUGCAAGAUCCAGAAGGCCUGGGCUAUUCCAGACACAGAGCAAAGGGACAAGAUUCGCCAAGCUCAGAAAAACAUUGUCAAGGAGGCCUAUAGGGCCUUUCUGCACAGGUACAGCAGCGUGCCCUUCACCAAGAAUCCUGAGAAGUACAUCAAGUACCGCGUGGAGCAGGUGGGCGACAUGAUCGAUCGCCUUUUUGACACCUCUGCCUAAGCCUGCCAGUGUCCCUGCCUAGUUCCACCAGACUAACCAUGUCAUUGGAAAGAUAAACCAGUGUUAACUUGC